CCAACAUUACCCACUGGCCACUACCCCCAUUGCGCUACAGUAACAUUUCCCCAAUCGGUGGGUUACGGAACCCCCGUCGCCGCCUACGCCGCCGCCGUCGCGUCCGACGAACAAUCGCACCCUACGCCGCCGCCUCAAGCCAAGCGGCGCCAUGGAGGAGAAGAGCUCUGGGCACAAGAAGGCAAGGGCGACCAACCCUCCGGCGUCGGCGCAGGAGAUGGCGGCGGCGGCCAGCCCCCUCACGGAUGACCUCAUCGUGGAGAUCCUGUCCCGCCUCCCCGCCAGGUCCGUCCACCGCUUCAAGUGCGUCUCGCCGUCCUGGCGCGCCCUCAUCGCGGACCCGGCCAACCGCAAGAAGCUGCCCCAGACCCUCGCCGGCUUCCUCUACAGCACCUACCACUGGGCAGAUCCUCGCUUCCAAAAGUUUCAUUUGGCCAACGUCUCCGUCGGCGCAGCCCCGCCGGUCGACCUGUCCCUCUCUUUCCUGCCACCCGACAAGUACUUGUACGUCGACCAGCUGGACGCCUGCAAUGGCCUUCUCCUCUGCCUCUGCUACAUGGCCCCUUCUUCUCCUUCAACGGACAAGCGUACGCCGCUUGAAUCUCAUUUCAUCGUGUGCAAUCCGGCCACCAAGAGGUGGGUCGAUCUGCCCCCUCACGCCAAGGUGCCAAAUGGCCAUCGCGGUGUAGCUCGUUUGGGUUUUGAUCCAGCAGUAUCGUCCCAUUUCCAUGUUCUUCAGUUUGAGAAGACCGAUCAGGAGGAUUGCGUCACAGGAGUGAACAUCUACUCUUCGCAAACUGGAGCUUGGAAGCGUAGACAAAGCCGCUUGGUUGAGAAAAUUACCCUGUACGCUGGCCUUGCAAGUGUCUUCUUUCACGGUAUGCUGCACUUGCUUGGUAUGCUGAAACCCAUGAAGUUGGACGACGAUGCUGUGCUGGUAGCAGUGGACAUGGAGGGGCAGGUGUGGAAGGCUAUCCGUGUGCCGUCAGGUGGUUUGAGUUUUG